AUGAGCACUAACCACACAUCUGUGAAAAACAUUGUCCUCCUUGGAUUCUCUCUUGCUCGUGAAACUCGUCUGUUCCUUUUCGUCUUUUUUCUGAUUGUUUACUCUAUGACAGUUGCCUCAAAUCUCCUUAUAAUUGCAUUGGUCACAUCCCAGAGAUCCCUCUACAAACCAAUGUAUUUCUUUAUUGGAAACUUUUCUUUCCUAGAAAUCUGGUACACCACUGUUACUGUCCCCAGGAUGCUUAUAGACCUGAGUACUGGAAACAAAACCAUUUCAUUUAUUGGUUGUAUUUCCCAGUUUUAUUUCAUAUUCUUUCUUGGAGCCACCCAGCAUUUCAUUUUGACCAUAAUGGCAUAUGACAGGUACCUGGCUAUCUGCCAUCCCUUGCGCUAUCCCAACCUAAUGAACGGAUCAAUCUGUUGGAAGUUAAUUGUUAGUGCCUGGCUUGCUGGAUGCCUGUCAAUCUCUCUACCAGCUGCUAUGAUGUCUCGACUAAUCUUCUGUGGUCCAAACACUAUAGACCACUUCUUCUGUGACUUCAGCCCUCUGCUGCGUUUGUCCUGCACAGAUACCUGGCUUAAUGAGAUCAUUUUUUCUGCGGUAGCUUGGACAAUAAUUCUUGGUUGUUUUGUCUUUACUUUUUUCUCUUACUUAUUUUUGAUCAUUACUAUACUUAAUAUACCAUCCUCUGUUGGACGUCAAAAAGCUUUUUCUACUUGUGCUUCUCAUUUAGCUGUUGUUGGCAUAUUUUUUGGUACUGUUAUUUUUAUGUAUAUCCGCCCCAAGGCAAAAAACUCUUCCCCAGUGGACAAAGUGAUCUCAAUUUUUUAUUCUGUAAUAGUUCCUCUAUUGAAUCCAAUGAUAUAUAGCCUAAGAAAUAAAGAAAUGAAAGAUGCCUUUAAUAAGGCUACAGGAAAACUGACAGGGAAGUAA